AUGACUAUUGACUUAGAAUUUGACCGUGAUCACAUUUGGCACCAAUAUUCAUCAUUAACCUCGCCAAUUCCAACUUAUCCAAUUGUUAAAACAUCAGGUGCCCAUAUAACUUUAGAAGAUGGAACAGAUUUGAUUGAUGGUAUGAGUUCAUGGUGGUGUCAAAUACAUGGUGGAUGUAAUGAAGAAUUAAAUCAAGCAAUUUAUGAUCAAGUUCCUAAAUUCACACAUUUCAUGUUUGCUGGUAUAUCUCACGAGCCAGCUGUUCAACUAAGUAAGAAAUUAAUAUCAAUGACUGCGGAACCUUUAGAUAGUGUCUUUUAUGCUGAAUCAGGUUCAGUUGCGGUUGAAGUUGGUUUGAAAUUAGCACACCUUUAUUGGGCUGGUAAAAGAGAAAAAAAUGAAACAAAGUUUCCAAAAGAUAGAUUCUUAACAGUCAAUUAUGGUUAUCACGGUGAUACAUUUGGUGCAAUGUCAGUUUGUGAUCCAAUAAACUCCAUGCAUAGAAAUUAUAGUGGCUAUUUGACAAAUAAUUUUUUCGUCGAUGCUCCAAAGACAAGAUUCAAUGAAGAAUGGGAUCCAAAAGAUUUUGAACCUUUGAAAAAGCAAUUAAUUUCAAAUCAUGAAAGAAUCGCGGCCGUUAUUUUGGAACCAAUAGUUCAAGGAGCAGGUGGUAUGAGAAUUUAUCAUCCUGAAUAUUUGAGACAAUUGCGUAAAUUAUGUGAUGAAUAUAAUGUUUUAGUAAUAUUAGAUGAAAUUGCUACAGGUUUUGGUCGAACAGGUAAGUUAUUUGCCCAUGAACAUUCACAGAUUAUCCCUGAUAUUUUAUUAUGUGGGAAAGGUUUAACGGGUGGCUAUCUACCUUUGAGUGCUGUAUUAAUGACAAGAGAUGUAUCUUCGUUCGUUUGUGAAAGUCCUGGUAAAAGAUUCUUCCAUGGCCCAACGUAUAUGGCAAACGCUUUGGCUUGCGCAGUUGGUAAUAAAUCACUCGAGAUAUUACAACGGGGACACUGGAUCAAUCAAGUCAAUAAUAUUGAGAAGAUUUUCAACUUAGAACUUUUCGACAAGAUUAAAUCUUCAAACCUCAUGGAUUCAACUGUUGAUGAUAUUCGUGGAAUUGGUGCAUUAGCAGUUAUUCAAUUGAAAACCCCAUAUGAAACGGAGUAUCUACAAAAAAAAUUUGUUGAAUCUGGUGCAUGGGUACGUCCAUUUGGAAAAUUGAUUUAUUUAAUGCCACCAUUCAUUAUUGAAGAAGCAGAUUUGAUCAGGUUAUGUGAAGCAACUAUUAACGUAUUGAAGCAACUUGAGUGA